GAGAAAGCAGUUGAUAAAACAGAAGAACUUGAAAUUAUGUACAUCAACUCCUAUAAAGGGCGAGGGGUCUUUGCAAAGUCACAUUUCUCAAAAGGAGAUUUUGUGGUGGAAUACAGAGGGAAGUUGAUAAAUUUUGAGGAGGCAGAAAGGAGGAAGAGGACCUAUCACCAAAGAUGUACCGUUUUCAUGUUUGACUUCUAUUGGAGAGAGAAGAUGUGGUGCAUUGACGCAGCACAAGAAGAUGGCAGCCUGGGACGACUUGUCAACGAUGACCACCGUCAUCCGAAUUGCAAAAUGAAGAGGAUUAUGCAUGAGGCCAAACCACACCUCUGUCUGUUUGCUUCAAGGGACAUUCAGCCAGGAGAAGAAGUAACAUAUGACUAUGGUGGAAGUGAUUGUCCAUGGAGAACACAGACUGAGGAACAACCUCCAGCAGCCAAGUCAUCUGAUCCUCACCUGUCCAGACCUGUAGAGAUGACUCCAGAGUCACCUCCAGUACUCGUCGUACAAGCAAAGGAUGAAGGACUUACAAGAAUAAGAACUGGAAGCUCUCCUGUUGUAAAUAUUACAAAUUCUAAUGAAGCAGAAACUCAAUGCACUGUUUCUUCACAGCUAACCGAAAGCUGUGAGGCAUCAGGUCCAUCCUCUGAAUGUGACUUGACCAUCACUGACACAUCUAUUCCAAAGCUGAGGAGAACAAAAAGCAUAGAGAUGAGAGCGCCCCUUGAUUAUGAUUCAGAUGAGCUAUUUGAUCCUGAUUCAGAUGAGCUAUUUGAUUCCACCUCGGAUGACAGUGGAGAAAAGUACAUCCCUAAAAGUGGAGAAGACUCUUCUGAAGAUACAGACACCAGUGAGAUGCUCAUAGCUGAUGAGAAAAUUAAUAAGCUCAGAUUUCCAAGCAUGAUAGUGCACACUGGAAAGGAGUCACAAUCACUUGCUGAACUGGACAAUACAAAAAAUCAGAAAAGUGAGAGAGGGAGAUCACGUGUAAGGAAACAAAACAGGAGUCAUAAGAGAUGUUCAAGCAAGCAAGUGACUGAACCAAUAAUAGAAAACUCUGCAUCAAAUUCAGAGCAAAACCUACCCUGUACAGAUUCUUCUAUAAGUAAAACAAACAACAGUUCACUUUUCAUACCUGCUGUUUUUAAAAAAGAUGAUGGAUCUAGAAUGUACAGCAAAAAGCAAUGCUGUUUGUACUGUAAAAAGGGAUUUGUUAAGAUGGCAAGGCAUUUGGAACAUGCUCAUCAAGAUGAGGCAGAAGUUGCAAGGGCUUUUUCCUUCCCGAAAAACUCUAAGGAAAGACUACUGCAGCUGGAACAUUUAAGAAACAAGGGCAAUUUUUCACACAAUGUGCAAGUUCUGGACUCUGGUGUUGGAAUUCUUGUAGCAUGACAGCAGCCCAGUCAACCUGUUCAAGCUGAGGACUAUCUACAUUGUUCAUAUUGUCAGGGUCUUUUCCUGAGGAAAGUCCUUUGGAGGCACAUGAAACUGUGCAAAUUCAAACCUUGUAUUCCAGUGAAACCUGGCAGAACACGUAUCCAGGCCCUCUGUGGCUAUGGAACUCCUCCACCAACGGGAACAACGGCUCAGCUGUGGAAGCUAAUCAACAACAUGUUGCAAGAUGAUGUGUUCCAUGCAAUCAAAUCUGAUGCCUGUAUAAUGGAAUAUGGUGAACAUCUGUACAAUAAGCUUGGAUAUGAUCCCAGCAAACAUGAGUAUAUACGUCAGAAAUUGAGGGAGCUUGGAAGACUGCUGUUGUGCUCGAGAAAAACCACUCACCUAAAGACUAUUAAAGAGCACGUACAACCUGCAAAUUUUAUGCAUGUCGUUCAAGCUGUAAAAGAAGUGGCAGGGUACAAUUCUGAAAAGCAUUCCUACAGUUGCCCAAGUCUAGCUUUGAAGAUUGGAUAUAGCUUGCAAAAAGUCUCCUUGCUUGUUGAAAGCCGUGCCAAUGUGAUUGGUGACGAAAAUGCAGCAAAGGAAGCUCAAACAUUUCGCAGAGUUUACGAAGCCAGGUGGAAUGAACUAAUAUCAUCCGCGUCCCUUAGAACUCUUAAUGAGUCAAAGUGGAACAGGCCACAGUUGCUCCCUUUUACAAAAGACGUCCAAACACUUCACUCUUUUUUGGAUGCUGAGCAAGAAGAUCUUUUCCACAAGCUGUCCUCAGUCACAUCGCUUCAGACAUACACACAGCUGACAAAGGUUAUUUUGACACAAGUUAUUUUGUUUAACCGACGCAGAUCUGGAGAAGUAUCAAAAAUUCCCCUCUCUGCCUAUACAUCCCAAAAUGUGUCGGAUUCACAGGAGGAUGUGAAUCUUGCCCUUUCAGAUCUAGAGAAGAGACUCUGUCAGCAUUUCCGAAGACUGGAGAUUAGAGGCAAACGUGGAAGAAAGGUCCCUGUGCUUUUGAGUCCGGCAAUGCAACAAACAUUGGAUUUGCUUGUCAGCAAACGACAGGAAUGUGGGAUUCUCACAGAGAACAUAUACCUAUUUGCAAGGCCAUCCAGUUUGACUUGCUACCGCGGCUCUGAUAGUCUUCGGUACUUUGCCAAGGCUUGUGGUGCGAAAAGCCCUGACAGUCUGACUUCAACAAAACUACGGAAACAAACUGCAACCCUGUCUCAGGUCUUAAACCUAAGUAAUACUGAGUUAGAUCAGCUUGCUGACUUUUUAGGGCAUGACAUUAGGGUGCACAGGCAGUUUUAUAGACUUCCCGAAGGAACUCUCCAACUUGCUAAAAUCAGCAAAGUACUCUUGGCUCUGGAGCAGGGGCGUGUAGCAGCCUUCAAAGGAAUGUCCCUUGAUGAGAUCAACAUUAAUCCAGAAGAUCUAGUCACGGGAGCAAGUGAGACUUGCGGGACGGUACACCCUCCACAGGAGGACACUGUGACUACUACCCAG